AUUCUAUUAUUUAGAUGAUCUCUCUUGUAACUUAAAAACUUUUAGUGAAUACGUAAAGAAGGGAUACUGGGAGUUUUUUUUUACGCUUUACACGAUGAACAGUUCAAAGCGAAAAAAGAUAGAACUGUCGGACGACGAUGUAGCUUCAUUCAUUUCCAUCACAGGCGCCUCAGAUGAUAUUGCAAGGAAAAGACUUACUAUGACAAAUGGAGACUUAAUGAUGGCCAUAAACCAACACAUGGACAGUAAUGGUUCAUUGAUUGAUGUAGAAGAUGAGAAUGAAGUUGAAGUUGUAGAGGUAGGAUCAUCAAAUCGCACUGCUGCUAAAAAAGACAGAACAAUCCAGAGCAUUCCACCACGAAGAAGAGGCAGUGCCACACUCAAUGGAGGUGAUGGACCAUCUUGCAGCACUACAGAUGAUGAAGUUAGAGCACCUAUUGCCCCAGUAACAGCGAGGCUUGUAGAUCCUCACCAUGAUGUUGACUGGGAUAGUGUAAUGCGAGGGCCAAGAACAAAUUCAGCCUUUGAUGGAUUAAGAGAUUUUGCUGUUGAGGCUGAUCAUCAAGAAGAAAUGCUAGCAUGUCCUGAUAGAGCCAAAAAGAAAAAGACCUUGGAGGAUUUGUUUCGUCCUCCUAUUCAUCUGAUGUUUCAUGGAACAUUCCUUGCUGCUAGGGAUGAAGCAACAAAUCGUGAGAGGUGGCUUAUGGUCAACAUUCAAAAUAUGAAAGAGUUUUCAUGCCAAGUUCUCAAUAGAGAUAUUUGGUCUGACAGUGUCAUUGACUCUGUCAUUCGUCAGCAUUUUACAUUCUGGCAGGUGUAUUCUGAUAGUGGAGAAGGAAAAAGAUAUAUGAGAUUUUAUAAUGUCCCAUCCUGGCCUUAUGUUGCUAUUUUGGAUCCUCGAACUGGAGAAUGUUUGGUUGAAUAUCACCAUAUAUCUCGUGACACCUUCUGUGAUAAUAUUCUAACCUUCUUAAACUCCAAUCAAUGGAAUCCUCAGCAAACUCCUCGGGAGGGAUCAAUGGCUUUUGUUAGUUCAAGCCAAGAUGGACCGAAUGCCAAGAGCAAGAGUGAUGCAGCAUCAUCAAUAGUUGAUGCCAGUGAAGAACAACAAUUAGAAUUGGCCCUUGCUGCUUCAUUAAGAGAGGCAGCAACAUCCAGCGCUGCUGCAACAGCUGCUUUGAGCAGGAGACCAGACUCUGAAUCUGAAGAUAUUGACAAUGAUGAUGAUAUGGAUAACCAAAAAGAGGAUGAGGACGAAGACGAGAAAGAUCUAACACCUUCGCCAGGAAGCAGUCCGUUCAAGCCUGUUGAUACUCCACCAGAAGAAGAAAGCAAUGUAUCAAAAAUGUGCAUAAUGCUCCGGUAUCCUGAUGGUAAGAGAGAGGAAGCAUCUUUUCCCAGCACCGCAUCCAUCCAUGCACUUCAACAGUAUGUUGCUUCUAAAGGAUUUCCAGCAAGUCGAUAUGAACUUGUAACUCAUUUUCCUCGGCGCAACUUGUCCGAUCUCAAAGGUGUUUCAUUGGAAGGAGCAGAUCUGCAUGCUAGAGACACUGUAUUUAUUCAAUCGAAAUGCUAAAUUACUCAACUAAAUGUACAUAUGUGUAAAAACUGUGUCAUAUUAAUUUUAUUUUUGGCCUUAUGUGCUGCACUUUGAUUGCCCAAAGGCUACAUAUUUUAGUUUGCUCCCCAAAUCUCUAGAAUCAGUAAUUUGUUUCAAGCAAUCCUUCCAUUGUCUAAAAGUGUUCAAGAAAUCAAAAGGAAACACAAUUGAAUCUAAAAUGCGGAAGCAAUGUUUAAUUUUAUAGACAGAUAUGACCUUAAUUAAAACAAUUACUAUACCUUGGCUCCAUACAAUUGAACAUGUAUCAGUUUCAGUGCAAACUGCUCUUUACAGGUCUUCAUUAUCGAUUUAAAUGAGGCAGUAUAUGAUGUGUGAUACAAAUUAUUUUAAUGAAUUAAGAUACAUAUUAGAAUUUAUUUAAAAAUAUUUUUUUCAAUGUGUUAUUUUAGAAAUUGUGCUAGGAUUAAUUUUAUGAUUUUUUUUAAUCUUUGAAUGCUAUGCAGUCUUGGUUGUGACAGUUUUCUUAUUUAUGGGGUCUUUCAGUCUAGGUGCUAGUGUCUGAGCCUGUUCCUAAAACUUCUAAUAAAACACUUAAGUAAGCAA